AAACAAGUCACUUCCUGUCACCGUUGAGCAGCGUGUGAGCUUUAGGAAAAGUGUUUUGUUUGGUUAUCAGGUGUAAGAAAACGCGUUAAAUACCUCAAAAGUCGGCUGCAGAAAUGAGUUUGCCACUGAACCCGAAGCCCUUCCUCAAUGGUCUGACAGGCAAGCCGGUGAUGGUGAAGCUGAAGUGGGGCAUGGAGUACAAAGGCUACCUGGUGUCUGUGGACGGCUACAUGAACAUGCAGCUGGCAAAUACUGAAGAGUAUGUGGACGGAGCAUUGGCUGGCCAUUUGGGGGAGGUACUUGUCAGAUGCAACAACGUCUUGUAUAUACGAGGUGUUGAAGAAGAGGAGGAAGAUGGUGAAAUGAGAGAAUAAUGAAACGACAUUGUCACCCUCCCGGAAUGCAUACUUUCUAUUUUAUUUGUCUGGAAAAAAACAGCAUAGUAACCUUUCACUGUACUGCCUAUUUAAUGAGGGUUUCCAUUCAUGCAAGAACUGUUAAAAGGCACAUAAAUGUAUUUAUUCUCCGAAAGUCACGCUCUGACAGUCCUGCAACUCUUUUCAAUAGUCUUCAUCAGGCAUUUGGACUGUUGUUGAACCAGCAUGUUGGAAGAGCUGUGUAUUGACCUGUUGAGUAUGAGGAUACAUGUUCUGUCAUUUCCAGAGCCGUGCCACCAGUGAUAGCUGUUUCUAUGGAAAUCUUCAUUAAAUGGACACUACAAUCUGAGGUUGUGCUCCAGUUUAUUUUUGGGGGGAUUUUUUUGUAAGUGUUAACUACUUUGGAACUAAAGUCUAUUUUGAUGUUUUCUUUCCUUUUUGGUUUUUUAUUUUCCAGUACUGCUGAAUUGUGUUCAUAAAGGCAAAGAAGUAAUAAAACUGUACAUAUUGACCUUUUCGUAAACAUUUGUAGCAGAUUUAUUUGCAGCCAAAGUCCGUUUUGCUGGUAGAAUGUGGCAUGGUCGCUUGUUGUGUGAUGUGUUUCAGGGGACUGGAGAGACAUGAGACAUCUGAUGUGAAUCAGUUCAAGUCCUUGCAGGUAGUAGAAGUGAUCUGAUCGCACACAAUACCCAGUGAGACUCGGGGCUGAUCCCUCCAAAAUUGCGCGCCAGACCGUGAUUCUCUGUCUGUCUGAUUUGGCAGACUCAAGUUAUCCCAGCUGCUCAACACUAGUAGCUGACCAUAUCGGAUGGAUCUCAACCACAAAAUAUGAACCAGUCAGAGAUGCACACUGAGUGGUGAAGGACUUUCUCUACCCUCUAGGCUUUUAAUGCUUACACUGAUUGCUCUGUCAGUCAGGUACAUGCCUCUUGGCAGAUGCAGUAAAUGGUAGAAAUUGAUGUUGUACUUUAAAAAAAUGUAAUCCAGAAAACAUUCAGAAGUAAAGUGUGGAACAUUCAGGAAGUUAUCAGUAGAGUUAAUGUUGCAUUCCAAGCUGAUAUAUUUAUGUAUGAUGGCGUUUUCUUAGGCAACAGAGCAGCUUGAUGUAGUCAGUGAUAGGAUAUUAGACGGGUUAAUCACUAUAGCCAACUGCUUUAUGAUUUUCCGUGGGCAGAGGAGGUAACGCUUGAUGCUGUAAAAUUGAUGUGCCACAUUUUGUACUGGCUUGAAUUUGACAAAA